CCUUCGGUCUCCCUCCGUCUCUUGCGCACGCAAUUUCCCUCUCUUUGGCCCGGUCUUUCAAACGCUUCGAAAAGCAGAAAAAGCCAUUCCCCAUGCCGUACAUUCUUAUAUACCCGUCUCCCCAUCUCCCCUCCUCCCCUCCUCCUCCUUCAUCUCUCCCGCAUUCCUCCUGACCUUUGCUCUCUGUCUCUCUCUGUCUCUCUCUGCCCAUCUCGUUUCCUUCUUCUUCUUCUUCUUCUUGGUUCUUGGCGUCUUGGGUACGAGGCAGGCGCGGUGACGGAUGGAGUCUCGGUACCCGAAACUGAAGCGGCUCCGAUGCUCCGUCCAGAACUACGAUUGGGGUCGCAGCGGGAUGGAAUCCCGGGUCGCCAAACUGUUCGCGCUCAAUUCCGGCGCCGAGGCCGACGUCCAGAGGCCCUACGCCGAGUUCUGGAUGGGCACCCACGAGUCCGGCCCUUCCUUCCCGUUGCCCGCCGGUUGCGACAAUGGGGGCCCCGAUAUCUCUCGGGACGUCACUCUGAAGGCUUGGAUUUCGAGCAAUCCCGAUGUUCUUGGCGAUAAGGUCGUGGCCCAGUGGGGCUGUGAUCUCCCUUUCUUGUUCAAGGUGCUUUCAAUCGCAAAACCAUUGUCAAUACAGGCUCACCCAGAUAAGGAAUUGGCGGGGGCUUUGCACAAGGCACAUCCGAAUGUUUACAAGGAUGCUAAUCACAAGCCCGAGAUGGCUUUGGCCAUAACCAAGUUCGAGGCCAUCUGUGGAUUCAUUAGCAUGGAGGAACUUAAACAAGUGCUGCGUGAUGUUCCAGAGAUUGUGGAAGUAGUUGGCAGUACAGAUGUUGAAAAAUUCAUUAGACUGGAUGAACAAGAAGAGGAGAAAGCCAAGUCUCUUCUGCAAUCGAUUUUUACCAAACUCAUGUCAGCUAGUGCAGAUAUAGUUGCUUUGUCGGUUUCCCAGAUAAAAAUUCGUUUGGAGUUGGAGAGUCAGGCGAGACCAUUGACAGAUAAGGAACAGCUGGUGCUGCGGCUAGAAAAGCAAUAUCCAGCUGAUGUGGGGGUUAUUUCAGCAUUCUUUCUCAACUAUGUGAGGCUUAAUCCGGGCGAGGCAUUGUAUCUGGGGGCAAACGAACCCCAUGCAUAUGUAUCUGGUGAGUGUAUUGAGUGCAUGGCAACAUCUGACAAUGUUGUGCGAGCUGGCCUCACUCCUAAGAGCAAGGAUAUCCAGACUCUUUGCUCCAUGCUCACUUACAAGCAGGGCUUUCCCGACAUCCUGAAAGGAGUACCUCUGAAUGCAUACAUAACGAGAUACAUUCCCCCGUUUGAUGAAUUUGAGGUUGACCACUGUGUACUACCCAAGGGCACAUCAACCGUCUUUUCUGCAGUUCUGGGUCCUUCCAUUUUUCUUGUGACCAACGGUACAGGAACGAUACAUGCGGGGUCCAUGAAGCAAGAUUUAGUUGCUGAAGGCAAUGUUUUAUUCGUACCUGCGAAUGUGGAAAUUCGUGUGACAUCUGUGACCGAGUUGCAAUUGUAUAGAGCAGGGGUUAAUGACAGGUUUCUCGAGUCUUGUGAGUUGGAAAACGGCAAGAAAUCUCAGAUUUAAAUCAGGUGUAGGACAAAAGAUUUUGUUAUGCCCUCUGUCGGUAUCUCCGUUAUGUAUGUAAAUCAUUCAUUUUUAUCAUGUAUACGCAUGAACCUUGAGAUCAAGCGAGUCUUAUGGGGAAUUAUAACAUAGUUCUUCAUGAAGUAGUUGUAGACUCUCUGAUCUCAGGCAAAGAGAAGCUCUUGCUGCAACCUCCUCAGCUUAGAGUUCCAGAGCAAAAUCCGGUUUAUCACUACCCUGUACCUUCCACAGUUCCAUCUAGUCAAGGAAGUGUACUCUGUUUGAGGUUUGGAUCCAGUCGCAAUAAUUACGAGGAUCGUUCUAUUUGGCAUUUUUGCACGGAUAUGAUAUUUGAUCCUUUGAAGAAUAAAUUGAAGAGGAAUGUAGAGAGUUCCAUAUUUUUCUGUA